CCCCCCAACCCUUCCCUUCCUUUCUUUUAAUCUAUUUUUUAUUUUUUAUUUUAUUUCUUAUCUGACAGCCAGGUCUUCAGAUCCCUUCACUCCUUACUGCAAUCUAUACAUUCGUUUCUUCAAAGGGGUUCCGUUGGUUUACCACGUCCCCUGCCGCUCUUUCAUUGUUUAUUGCACUCUUCCCCAGAACUUUUACCUUCGCGUCUCCACCUCAAGUCCUCUCGAUUCGUCGCGAUCGCCUCUUAAACUUGUUCGAAUAAUUUUCCGACGAUCGUCUACCAGUCAUCCCCCGGGUGCUGAAAGUGGAAACAAGAGCCAACCGCUAGGCUGGGACGUGCAUAUCCACAAACCGCCUCGCCAGUAUCACCUUGCCUCCUCUAUUUGCCAACCACCGGAUCCAUGCAAUCGCGAGUUCGAUAGUCAACGGUUACAUUUGAACGGUUAAGUCUCGUUACGGGGAAAUUUUUGAGUCUUCAGACGGAGCCUUCGCGCCAUCCACUCUUUCUUGUUGACUGAUUGUUCUUCCCUCUACCUCCGUCGACGGACGUUUGAUACACCCAUCAUGGUCGCGUCCGUCGCCUCUUUUCUCGCGGCCUUCCUGUCCGUGGGGGGUCUGGAGCUGGUUGCCGCCCAGCAGCCAGCGGACUCCCACGCCAUGAAGCGUCGAUUCGUCCCCAAACACAUGAAGCGAUAUAUCAACUACCAGAGAUCGGAGGAUGGAAAGCCGCUGGACGAUUUCCUGGACAAGGCCGACCUGGGCACCAAGACCACCCUCCCGGCCGUCGUCGUCACCCUGUCCAUCGACAAGGAAGGCAAGACGCACACCAUCUCCGGUCCCCUGCCCGCGGGCGCCACCAUCGCCUCGGCCACCACCAAUGUGGUCACCAUCACCGGACCGGGGGCGGCCCCCGCCGCACCCACGUCCCACAAAGACACCGUUCCAGCCCCGUCCGAGAAAGAAGCCGCCCCCAACGAUUCCACGACGCACCACGCGCCGACGGCGAGCAAGGAGGGCCCCGAUGCCCCGGCGGCCUCCUCGUCGUCCCCGGCCACCGAGUCCAAGGACGGCGGCAUUCUGGACGAUGUCAAGAAUUUCUUCGGCGUCAGCAGUUCCACCGACUCCACCGAGGCCAGUAGCACGACGUCGGAUUCCAAACCCGCUCCCUCGUCCGAUUCCAAGGCUGCCGCCUCGUCCGAUUCCAAGCACGCCCCCUCGGACGCGUCCAGUGCGUCCGUCACCCCGACCCCCGAGUCGACGGAGGGCAGUUUCCUGGACGACGUGAAGAGCUUCUUUGGUGACACCAGUUCGACCGACUCCGCCAGCGCCACCAGUUCCGCGUCCGACUCCAAGCCCGCGUCCUCGGCCGCAUCCGGUUCGUCGAUCACCCCGACCGCGUCCUCGACUGACGGUGGCCUCCUGGAUGAUUUCAAGAGCUUCUUUGGCGACUCCAGCUCGACGGGUUCGCCGAGUUCCGGGACCCCUCCCGCGCUCCCACUGUCGUCGACGGCGGACGCGAGCACGACCAAGGCGCCAUCGACCUCGACCCCAGGGGCGUCGUCCUCCAAGAGCACGACCAAUCUGUUGGACGCGUUCACCGACCUGUUCAACCCUGACACGCCGUCCUCGUCGGCCACCCACGCGCCCUCGGCCAAUGCCUCGACCUCGGGCCUGUCGGCCACCCCCACCAGCGUCCCGCUGCCGUCCACCUCCACCGGACUCUUCAACCUGCCGAGCGAAAUGAGCUCGCUGCUGGGAUGGACAUCGGGUUUGGAAUCGUCCGCUCCCCAGAGCACCCUCCCCCCCGGCGCCGCGACCUCGAGCGCUCUGUUCCCCGGUGCGUCCAGCGGGUCCACGGGAUCCGCGCCGUUUACCUUGAUCAACCCGAGUGUUCCGACCACCACCCCCGGUGGUGCUUCCUCGACGGAGAAUGCCGGUGCGCAUGGAUCGACCACCGGGGGCUCGACCGCCCCUCCCACGGCUAAGCCCACGGGGAAGCCCACCAGCCCGGGGUCCCCGACGAGUGCCCCGUCCACCGCUCCGCCGACGCACUUGCCGUCGUCGACGAGCACGGAGACUCCGACCCCGACCCCCGAAACCACCGAAACCUCCACGCCGCCGCCGGAGACCACUGAAGCCCCGACGCCCACCUCGAACCCCGAUGACUGGGUCGACAAUACCAUCAUCUUCGAGACUCAGACCCACGUGGUGCCGGACCCGUCGGCCACGCAGACCACCAGCGAGAGCACCAGCCAGCCGACUGCGCUCCCCGGAUCGAUCACGCCGCCGACGUUUGGCAACAUCCCGGAGAACUCGACCCUGAUCCAGCUGGGGUUCACGCGCGAGCUGUCGUACGACUUCGUGGCGACCCACACCAUGUCCUCAUCGCAGAUCUUCCGCUACAUCCCACUCGGCCUGCAACACGCUCUGCGACUGGCAGCGGACCAGGUGGCCAUGUUCGCGAUCCAGCCGUACGGCAACGAAUCGCGCGAUGGCUACCUGACCACGCUCGCGAUGGCUUAUGUCCCCUGGGACCAGAUCGACACCCUGCGGAAGUACCUCCACAACCCCAUCUCCCCGCUCUACGAGCAGCCGUCGGAAUCCGAGAAGCGGCUGUUCUCGUUGAUCGACCCCUCCAUCCCCCUGCUGGUGAGCGGCGAACCCGCAGCCGGCGGCAGCAGCGGCGGCCAGUCGGGUUCCAGCAACGGCGGCAGUGAUGGCUCCGAUGGGGAUGACUCCCAGUCCGAUUCCGGAGAUGCCGGGACGAGCUCCAGCUCCUCCACAAAGGCCAGCUCCGUGGGCAUCGGCUGUGGUGUUGUGGCGGGUGCCGCAGCCUACGGUGCGGGCAUGUUCUGGUUGGCGCGUCGCUACCGCAAGAAGCGCCAGUUGCACCAGCGCUCGAGUUCGACCGUGGACCAGCAGAGCGAGGGUCGUGACGCGGCUGGGCGUCUUUCGCCCAACAGCCAGAGUAGCCGGGGACCGAUCAGUGCGCCGGUCAUGGCAGAGAAUUCACUGGGGUGGAACUAAGAUCCUCUGCCUGAAUUCAUUGACAUGAUAAAAAAAAGUGAAAAAAAAAAGAAAAGGAACAAGCAAGGGACGAAGACAGAAUGCCAACCGAGACAUGGAGCAUCGAUUGUUGUGGGUCCAUGAAACGCGCGGGUAGACCUGGAGACAGAACCGCGGGAUGAAUCUAGUUAAUCUCGACGCAUCUUCCACUGACUUCAUUUCUGAUUAUAUUCAAGCAUGAAUAUGAUCCCGUCCGGGGCGCGUGAUUUUGUCAUUUCUCCCAGAUGUUUCGUUCCAUCCAUCCUUUCUUCUUCAAUUCUUAUUCCCCCUAUGUUUUUGACUUUUCUUUUUUUUUUUUUUAUACAGCCAUUUUUCUUCUUCUCUCGACAUUUUUUAUUU